AAAAUUGGGAGGAGAGAGAGGUGGUUGCUUGGUUGAAGGGACACCAUACCACUGAUUCAGUCUAGAAGCCUCUCUUCUUCUUCUUCUUCUUCUUGUAGUAGUGGCUCAGAAGCCGCAAUCAUCUCCUUCACCGCCAUUGCUAUGGCCACCACCACUCUCCGAUGGAAUCCCCGACCCCUGACACUCACGCCAAGAGGAGCCCGCCUCCGCCACUUCAACCAUUACCCAAACUCACCCUCUCACCUGGUCGUCGUCCAGGCCUUCCGUCGCAACGAUUUCGAUGGCUUCGCCAAGCGCAUGGCCUCCGGCGAGGCCUGGAGAGACGCCUGGCGCAACGCCAAUGAUGGCUUCGAGCGAUUACUCUUCGAGACCAAGAAGACCGCAGAACGCCUCGACCGUCGCUACUCUGUCUCCCGCCGCCUCAGCUCCGUCGCCCAAUCCGCAUAUUCCCGCGCCCGCGAAAUCGAUAGGGAACUCGAGAUUGGAUCGCGUUGGCGAGCUUUUUCCAUGGAUUUUAGCAGAAAUUGGCCUAGGUACAGGAAGCAGCUGUCUGAUUUCUUGGAUACUCCAUUAGGAAGGGGUUGUGCUACAAUUUUCUUCAUUUGGUUUGCAUUAUCUGGAUGGCUCUUCCGGUUUUUGAUAUUUGCAACAUGGGUAUUGCCAUUUGCUGGUCCUCUUCUCAUUGGAACGUUUGCCAAUAGCCUUGUUAUAAAGGGGUCUUGCCCAGCUUGUAAGAGACAAUUUGCUGGUUACAAGAAUCAAGUGAUACGUUGUACGAGCUGCGGAAACACCGUGUGGCAGCCCAAAGCCACCGGCGGUGGAGGUGGUGGUGGUGGGGAUUUCUUUUCAGGAAAUAGUAGAGGCAACCCUUCUUCAAAAUCGGGCCCUGAGAUCAUCGAUGUAGAGUUUGAAGAGAAAUGAACAAUAAUGACAGCUUACUUACUUGGUAGUGGAAGAAGUAAAAGUAGUAGCUAUUCAUUUUCCCUAUAAUUUUGCUCACAUUUUUAGUUGUUUGUUGGUGUAAAUUAUGGGUCAUAUUUUUAUAAUAAGGUUCUUGAAAAGGUUAAAUGGAA